AUGGUGCGGACAAGAAACCAAAGGCAAGGGAAGAUACCCCGGAAAAGAACAGCUCAACAGUUCGCCGGCACCGGAGUUCCAUCCAACCCGGUACGCAUUGAAGAAGAAGAAGCCUCCACCGUCAUCAUGGACCCGGUCCCCAUCUCACAAGUAUCGUUCGAAGAAAUCCAAGAAAUUCGAAACCCUAGUCCAGGUAAUCUUACAAUAGAUUUACAUGGAGAUUUCACAAUUUCUUCACCCACUAGAGACAAUGUUCAUUGUACUCACGAAGAGGAAGAAAAUCCCAAUGUUGAACCCUCACCUCCACAACACCCUCUGUCCGAUCGAGAACAGAGGAGAAAGAAACGAUCUGACCCCUACGAAGGGGCAGAUCCUAGAGCAAAGAGGCCUAAUGAUUUUCCAAUUUCGGCUAGACCCCCCCGAGGAACCCCCAACAUACCUCCUCCAAGAAAAGACAACACUAAGAAACAGAAAGGAAAAAACACAGAGGAAGAAGAUGAAUGGAUACCUGAUGACACAGAAUUAGUAACAAAACCCACAGAAGGAAAAAGAAGGAAACUAACUGCCAAGGAGAAAGGGAAACAAAAGAUUAUUAGUUGUGCUGACCUGUCAAAACUGCCAAAGCCCUAUAGUCCAAAAUUUUUGACUAGGGAAAAUGCCAAAGGGUGGAAUAAACUUGUGGAGAAAAGCAUCAUCAAUCAGAAACUUCUAGAACUAGAAAAGCUAGAAAAUCAUGAACAAAUAUCUGAUGCCCUAACCAAAAAUCAACUUCUAGGGUCAGUCAUGAAUAUAUAUCCCUAUGAGGAGCAAGCAAUCAAGGAAUUUUAUAGUAACCUUACCAAAGCUACAACAAAUCCCACUGAUCCAAUGUUUGGAAAAAUCUAUCUAAGAGGAAAAUUCUAUGUGUUCAGUCCUGAAAUCAUCAAUGAAUACCUAGGAACACCUUCAGGGGACCAAAAUAUUCAACUAGAAAGUGAGCAGGUAGCCAGUGAACUCACAGCCGGAAAUGUGAGUUUUGAUAAAAACAAAAUCAAAGCUGCAUCCCUAACUAGCAAGUAUGCUAUACUACAGAAGAUUGCUCUCGCCAAUUGGAUGCCAUCACGACAUGAAUCUACAGUCAAAUGGAGCCUAGCAGAACUACUGUAA